CAUACGCCUUUUAUUUCCUCCUGACACGGUUAGGGACGGUCGAGUACUGAUCGGCUAGUCAUGUCAGCACCUGCCAUGGGAACCACCAGGACGGCUCACAGUGAUGCGAGCCAUAAGAAAAAGAAAGGGCCAGGUGCUCUUGCAACUGCCUAUUUGGUCAUAUAUAACGUGGUUAUGACAGCUGGGUGGUUGGUGAUUGCUGUGGGUCUAGUGCGAGCGUACCUGGCUCGAGGGAGCUACCACGGCCUGUACUACUCCAUAGAGAAGCCUCUGAAAUUCUUCCAGACUGGUGCUCUCCUGGAGAUAUUGCACUGUGCUGCGGGUAUCGUCCCUUCCUCAGUGGUCUUGACCGGAUUCCAGGUGCUGUCGCGUGUGUUCCUCACCUGGGCUGUGACGCACAGCGUUCAAGAGGUCCAGAGUGAAGACAGCGUCUUGCUUUUCGUCGCGGCCUGGACUAUCACAGAGAUCAUUCGCUACUCCUUCUACACCUUCAGCCUGCUCAACCAUCUCCCCUACCUCAUCAAAUGGGCAAGGUACACCUUCUUCAUUGUGCUCUACCCAAUGGGUGUGACUGGUGAGCUGCUGACCAUCUAUGCUGCACUGCCUGUUGUGCAGAAGACAGGCCUCUACUCAAUCACCCUGCCCAACAAGUACAACUUCUCCUUCGACUACCACACCUUCCUCAUCCUCACCAUGAUCUCCUACAUCCCCUUGUUUCCCCAGCUGUAUUUCCACAUGUUGCGGCAGAGAAAGAAAGUGCUGGGCCACGUGGAGGAGUACAGCAAAGUGGAAUAAACACCCAGCAACCCUGCACCACUCUGCAGAGAGUAAACCCAAGGACAAGAUGAGAAGCAAAGAUAACCUUUAAAAACACAAGAGAAAAUAGUCUGCUCAUUGUAUAACAAUACAAAACUUUUUGUUGUUUCCCCCAGAUAAAGACAGUAGCAUAUGGAUAACAAUGGCAACAAUGUUACGUUGUUGAUGAUCGAACUUGGUGAAUGGAAAGAAAUGCUUGCUACCCUAAUAGCUUAAGUUUACAGGCUUGAUUGGGUUGUUUAGAGGGGUAUAGAGGGCCACAAUGAAAAGAGGGCAAAGGCAGGCACCUCAAUCAGUACUUUACUAUAGCACCGGGGACAGGAAGCACCAUGUCAUUCUCCCAUGCUCUGUUCCCUCGAACAAACACUGUUUUGGUUUUUAUGUAUUUAUUUAUUUACUUUUAAUGCCCACUGCCACUGGUUGUAGCCUUUGGCUGCAUCUGUAAAAUGACACCAAAGGUGUUCACAUGAUUUUGUUUUCCUUUUGAGCCACGGAUAGAAAUUCUGGAACAUUCCUUCCUCUGCUUGUCUUUGGGAUGCUAAAUUGCCUCUUAAUUGUAACGCAGCAUCAUAGUUUAUUGUUUUUCGGACUCUGUAAACAAACAUCCCCUUCGCUUGAGCACUGAUUUAGUUAAUGUAGUUGUAUGCCUUGACAGCGCAGAUGAGACUACUCUCUGUAUGAUUUACCAUUAACAAGCUUCCUUUGCCUCGACCCUAGUAGUUAUUUUGUUGGCCAUAGCUGUGUUUGAAAUAUUGGUAACAGUUGUGUAACUGUUUGGAACAUGUAUUCGUACAUAUGGUUUGUUGUCACAGGUUGAUAGUUGUGGGUUGUCUGUCUACAUGUAAAAUGUAUAACCAGUCAGGUGUGCAACAAACGUAGCAAAUUAGUUAAGACAGACUUGCUAGUUGUACAGUUAUUGCAAGUAUUUUGAUCUGCAUCAGUAUGUUAUUGAACUGUUUUGACAUGCAACAUCUUAAUGGUCUUCAAAAAUGAAUGCAGUUGUCCUUCUAAUGCCAGGGAUAUGUGGACCGUAAACUCUCUUCACUGCUGUUCUUGAAAUAUUUUUUGAAGGGCUUGUGCUUGACGUCUGAACCCCCAGGCAAACCCCAGAACUACAAAUUGUACCCGGCCAAGGGAAAUUUCCACAUAUGCCGGCUUCCAAGGCUGAAAUGGAUUAAAAUGCAUGCGGCAUCCAUCUCCAAUGACCAAAAAAAUCCAGAAUAGACAGGGAUGGAAUGGGUGUGUUUGUUUGUGCGUGUGUGUAUGAGGAGGGGUGUGGGGUGAAGAGGCAAUCGGGGAGAGAGACAGAGAGAAAGAAGAUGUGAUGAGAAAGGGAUGGAAAGUGAGAGAAAGAGGAAUUGCUGAACACCUCAGUGUCUUUUUGCCCUCAUAGUCAGCAGCCUGAAAAAGGGUCCAGCCUGGGAAAGGAGGAGAGGAAGGGAUGGUGGUUUGUUUAUGGUCCCUUCCUGAAGUAGCACCACUGCACUACAGCAACCUUUUGCCUCAAUUUCUACUCAUCGUGUCAUUUCCUGUUAGAGCCAUUUACAGAUAUAGAUUUAACCCGAAUUAGAGCGUCUACUGGUUCGAUCCAAACCUCAGUGUUAAUUUUAGUCUGUUUUUUUGGGGUUGGGGAGGAGGGGGUUGUUUGUUGCAUAGAAGUAUUUUGUUAUCCUCUUCAUUUUUAAUUAUUUGUUUCCCAUAUGCAGUAUUGCAGUUCUUUUAGAUUUGCAUGAAUAUGGUGGUUCAUCAUUGGUAGAGAGUUUUUGAUGCACUGUUUUACCUGUUCUACUGAUUUAGUUAGAAUCUGGAGCUUACCGUAGGUUGGGGCGUGGUGUCCUAGAGGUUUUUUUUUUGGGGGGGGGGGGGCUAAAUGAGGGGAGCCGUUAUGAAUGGGCUGAUGCUUCAGCUGCAUCUUGGAGGACACCUUGCCUGAUUGAAAUUAAUGUAUCUCCUAAGCCACACCAGCUGUUCAGGAGAUAGCAGGUCUUUCAUGUGCUGGGCCUUUGAUGUCAAACACCAGACAGGCAAGGUGACUGGGUGACUAAGGCCACGUCAGUUGGCUCAGCAACCCCCACUUUCUGAUGUACACCUAUCCAUUUGUGCUCAAGGGUAUCUGGGUUAUUUUCGUCUUGAGUGGCCAACCGUGAGUCUGUUAGAAAGUUUAUGACGGGAAGCAGGCGUGUGACUGUCAAAACAUUGCAUGUGAGAGGAAAUAUGACAUCAACCCACCUUGGGUUAUAAACCAUGGUAGUCUAAAUGAAGCAUGCCACUUAACGUUCAACCCCCUUCUCAAAUAUCCCUGGGCUUUUUGAUAAGAAAAAAAGGUUUUGCAUGGGACCAGCAGACUUUGUAUAAGUAUGGUUAUUAAUACAAUUAUAUAUUUACAAUAAAUAAUAUGGGAAGCAAAA